AUGUCCUCGAAAGAUGUCCUCGAAAGAAAAAGGAUAGAAUCACUCGUUAAAGAAGGGUUCUUACCGAUUCGAGCGCAGUUUUUGCGAGGCCCGUCCUCCCCGGAAGAAGAGAACGUCGACGGACCGAAGAAACCGUUAGAAGGAGGAAAAGAAGGAGGAAAGGCGACGGUAUUACAGAGCAACAAAAACGGCUUGCGACAAGGCACAAAGUCGCAAAAGCAACGAAAGAGAGAGAAAUACCUUUCGAUGAGGAAUGAUUUGUGUCAUUUUGUGGCGGUUGGGAAGGAGUGCACGUUUCAAUCGACCGGGUCGUGCGAACGCGCGCACGACGCGGAGAAGUAUUUAGAGGCGAGAAAAGACUCUUGGUUCGGCGGCGGGAACCUCCCGGAUGGGCGAUGCUUUCUCGGCGGCGACGAAGACGAGAAAGACGUGAAGUGUCCGUACGAGAAGAAGAUAAAAGAUGUGAGAUGUCCGUUUGGAGUUCGGUGUUAUUUUUCCGAUCGACACGAAAAUAACGCGAAAGAGUCGAAAACGUUGCUCGAGUGGCGACGGAGCGAAGGCAGCGAAGAGUUCAACGCCAUGGAGGACUGGUUGCAGAAAAAAUUACGCGAGUCCACGUAUCUUUUGCCAAGAUCGACAAAGUAUUUAGAGAUGGUCGGGAAUGAUUUGCUGUGCGUGUCGAAAGCGAAGAAGAGGAAGAUUACGGCGAUAAAUCGAAAUAACAAAGACGACGACGCGAACGAGAACGAGAACGAGGAGAAAACGGUAAAGAAGAACGCGAUCGAUUUCAAUAAAAAGUUAGUCUUGGCACCGUUAACGACGGUUGGACACGCGCCGUUUCGACGCAUGUGCGUGAAGUUUGGGGCAGACGUUACGAUAUCGGAGAUGGCGAUGGCUUCAAACUUGUUAGCCGGCGAUCGACGCGAGUGGGCGCUGGUGCGAAGACACGCGUGCGAAUCGAGUGCGACGAAUAAGUUUGGGGUCCAAAUAUGCGGCGGGUACCCCGAUUUAGUCAGCCGAUGCGUGGAACUGAUUGAAAACGAAGUCCAAUGCGACUUCAUCGACAUCAACAUGGGAUGUCCAAUCGAUGGCGUUUGCGCCAAAGGUGCCGGCUCAACUUUGCUCACGCAACUUAAAACCGGUAAGUUGGAGAAAAUCAUCGACGCGGCGAGCUCCUCGUUGCGUAAGAUUCCGUUGACGAUCAAAAUUCGAAUGGGUUACCACGAUCGCAAGCAACAGUGGAACGCGCACGAUAUCGUCAAUCGAUGUUGCUCGGCGCCGUCUUCGACAUCUCGAGAUUCCCUCAACGCCGGUUGGCUCGGUAAAGUCGCUGCGGUGACGUUACACGGACGAACGCGCGCGCAACGCUAUUCGCGCUUGGCGGACUGGGAAUACAUCGACGAGUGUGGGAAAAUCGCUCAAACUGUUUCAAACGGCGUCGUCCCGCUCAUCGGCAACGGCGACGUGUAUACCUACGAAGAUUACAACGCACACGUGGACUCUGGAAACGUCGCCACGUGCAUGAUUGGUCGAGGUGCAAUUAUCAAACCGUGGUUGUUCCAAGAGAUUAAAGAGCAAAGGCACAUCGACGUCUCUUCCUCGGAGCGUUUAGAGUACUUUGCGGAAUUUUGUAACUACGGGUUCGAACAUUGGGGUUCGGAUUCCAUCGGCGUCGAAAAGACGAGAACAUUUCUAUGCGAAUGGAUGAGUUACACGCACAGAUACGUCCCGGUUGGUCUUUUGGAGCACGCGAGCGUACAAAAGAUGCAUUUGCGUCCGCAACGAUAUUUCGGUCGAAACGAUAUGGAAACUUUGUUGGCCUCGGAUAAAGUCGAAGAUUGGAUUAAAGUCAGCGAAAUGUUCCUCGGCAAACCGAAAGACGAUUGGACGUUCGUUCCGAAACACAAAUCAAACUCGUACGCAGCCAUGAACAGUCACAGUAUCACGUCCUGGGAAGAAGUCGACGCGCAAGGAUGA